AGGUCGGCGGCCCGGCUCGCGCUGCGGUAGGAGCGGGCGGGCCGGCCGUCAGAGCCCGGGUGCCGCUGGGACCCGAACCCGCAGGGCCACUUUAGGGCACGGCGUUGUGCGAAGCGGCCACGUCUGAGCCCCGGGGGCCGAUCUGUGCCGGGGGUUUCGCCCAGCGAUCUGGGCCAGGAUAUCCCCUCCCAAGCUCUCGUCCUGUGGGCGAACGCCGCCCGGUCCUUGUGAGCACCUUCACAGCAGGAAGCGCAGAGCUACGCCCGCCCUUUCGAAAGGCCGUGAAGGGUUUGGGGUGGGCACAUCUUAGCUUGCCCCAUCCCGAUUUGAGGUCUGUCGACGCUGCCCUUCAGCGUGGUGAGUAAUCGCUCCGACUCCCCGCGGGGCCGCGGAGUGCUGAGGGCGCCGAGGCUGCCUUGGGAGAUCUGACUUUCAAUCCCUGCGCCUUCCGAAACCCGCAGAAGCAGAUAGCAGGCUCGAGAGGUUUCAGAGCCUCCUGGGUCAUUCCUUCCCCCGAAGACCUCGUCAGCCAUCUGGCAGGAACAAAAAUAAGAGUGUUUGAGAGCCUGGGCGCUGGGAUCAUAUACUACCUGGGUAUAUCAUCAGUUACCUCCUGUUUGACUUUGGGCAAGUUACUUAACCUUUCUGAGCUCAGGUUUCUCAUCUGUAAAAUGGGUAUAACCAGAGUGCCCCUCGUAGGAGUGAGGAUUAAAGAGAUUACCUAUUUGAAAAUGAUGUUCUUUGCUUUACACAAAGCAAGCUGCCUCAAUGGCAGCCGUGACUUAAAAGUCCACAGAUGAAUCCAUCUCCCUUUACCCUCUUUCCCCAAGAGUGUAGUCCCCUUUUGAGGGAGUUUCAUGAAAAAUGAAAAUGGUUCUAUACUGUCUGGUUGUUAAACAGCCUUUCCCUUAACAUCACUCAUUCAUGGUAUAAUGUACCGAGAUGGACGCUUUCACGUACUUUUAUCUCCCUUAUUCCCUUGAGGGUUAUUUGUUCUCACUCCUCUCACUAUUUUAAUGAUGAGCAAAAUGAGGCAGGGGAAACGGGCUUGCCAACGUCACUCGGUUAUCAGUGGCACAGCCAAAAUUCAGGGUUCUUGAACCAUUGAAAAGAGUUACUGCUAGAUCUAGAGUUUCUCUUCCGGUCAUAUCUGAGAACUGGUCUGGGGGUAGGUCCCCGUUCCCUUUUCCACGUCCACGUUAGGUUUGGAGACCAACGUGUGCAGUUCUCUCAGGCGCUCCUGGCCGGGGCUAGGCCCUAAAGGGCGGGGGCUCACACUGCCAUGUGGACUGGACCUCCCACUGGAAGAGCCACAGAUUUUGGCAGCUGUCCAGGGUCAGGGAAGCAGUCCAGGGCCACAAGUGUUGAUUUGGGCCUUGGGCCAGAGCCUCCAGUUCUUCUUCCAAGAGGCCCUUUGCCUCCGAUUACAGAUUAUUACCAUCACCAGAGUUAUCUGAAGGAGGUGAGCUGAGUGUGGAAGCAGCUGCCCCCCGGCUCACACAAAAUGUGCUCUGCCUCUUGUGGAUACCUGUGCCUCCCUGAGACCAGUCAGAAUAGCUGUCUGAACUGAGCUUCAUAUACCACAAAAGAUGCUCAAUUGCGCACUACAUAUGUUGCAAAUUCAUUGCGUGAGCACCCAGGAUGGGAACGCCCGCCUCUGUGGUGAGCGAGCCGCCCCCCUGGCAGGCCCCGGCUGAGGCCCGGGGCCGCAAGCAGGCCACAGCCAACAUCUUCCAGGACGCCGAGCUGUUGCAGAUCCAGGGCCUGUUUCAGCGCAGUGGGGACCAGCUGGCCGAAGAGCGGGCACAGAUCAUCUGGGAGUGUGCGGGAGACCACCGUGUGGCAGAGGCCUUGAGGAGGCUGCGUAGGAAGAGGCCCCCCCGGCCAAAACCCCUGGGCCACUCACUGCACCACUGCAGCCGGCUCAGAAUCCCCGAGCCCCGUGCUCCACUGGCCGACCCACAGAGUGGUGCCACAGAGAUGGCCUCUGGCGAUCAGUAUCUGAACUCCAGGAGGACAAGUGCCAGGAUCCGCCGGAACUGGAAGAAGCCAGGCCCCACAAGCUACCUCCAUCAGAUCAGACACUGAUCCAGGGAAGGGGCUGGGAACGGCAGUAACUUCCCCAGGAAUCAUAGGGACUUUUGCCAAAGGGCCCAGGAAGUGAAGAAGGAAGACAGACUGGAGGCAGACAACCCCACAGUGGUAAAUGGAAGGCCACUACCACUGGCCUGCUCCGUUCAGAACAGGACUGGAGGUGUCCCCUGAGCUCUACACCAUGUGGGACCCAUUCCUGCCUUAGCUCUUCCCACCCGACAGUAUACUCGGGCUGCAUGAUAUCCCCCUGGGAGUCCAGCGAUGGGCACGGAGACUGAGCAUCUCACCACUCCUGCUCUAACCCUCCUGCUACUACUGUAACCCAUGGUCCAGCCACCUGCCCACACCCCUGCCUGUCAGGCUAGCGCGAGGAAACCGUGGUUUAAGUGGCAAAAUAAAAACAUUUGCAUCAAGAA